AUGACUCCCGGCGGGGCAGGGCCCGCGCUGCUGCUGCUGCUGACUGCCGCCGCGGGGGCGCAGGGCCCGGGGCAGGACUUCAGCGAGGAUGUGCUGAGCGCGUUCGGAGCCAACCAGAGCCUGUCGGCGGCGCAGCUGGAGCUGCUGCUGGAGCGGCUGGGGACGGCUCCCCGCCACGACAGCCUGGACCUCAGCCGGCUGCACUUUAACCAGUGUCUCUCCGCGGAAGACAUCUUUUCCCUUCAUGGCUUUUCCAAUGCCACCCAGAUAACCAGCUCAAACUUCUCUGCCAUCUGCCCGGCAGUCUUACAGCAGCUGAGCUUCCACCCCUGUGAUGAACGGCCCAAGCACAAAGUAAAGCCAAGCCUGUCUGAAGUUUGGGGAUAUGGAUUCCUGUCAGUGACGAUUAUUAACCUGGCAUCUCUCCUUGGGCUGGUUUUGACUCCGUUGAUAAAGAAGUCAUAUUUCCCAAAAAUUCUGACCUAUUUUGUGGGAUUAGCUAUUGGGACUCUUUUCUCAAAUGCAAUUUUCCAACUCAUUCCAGAGGCCUUUGGAUUUAACCCCAAAAUUGAUAACUAUGUUGAGAAGGCUGUUGCUGUGUUUGGUGGAUUUUACAUACUCUUCUUUGUUGAAAGAACACUUAAGAUGCUAUUGAAGACAUAUGGUCAGAAUGACCAUACCCACUUUGGAAAUGAUGACUGUGGGUCUAAAGAAAAAGCACAUCAACCUAAAGCGUUACCAGCGAUCAAUGGCGUGACAUGCUAUGCGAACCCCGCUGUCACAGAGCCCAACGGACACAUCCACUUUGACACUGUCAGUGUAGUGUCUCUCCAGGAUGGAAAGGCAGAAUCAAGUUCAUGUACCUGCUUGAAGGGCCCCAAACUGUCUGAAAUUGGAACAAUUGCCUGGAUGAUAACGCUCUGUGACGCCCUCCACAACUUCAUCGAUGGCUUGGCGAUCGGGGCGUCCUGCACUUUGUCUCUUCUUCAGGGGCUCAGUACUUCCAUAGCCAUCCUGUGUGAAGAGUUUCCUCAUGAGUUAGGGGACUUUGUGAUCCUCCUCAAUGCAGGGAUGAGCGCUCGGCAAGCCUUGCUGUUCAACUUCCUUUCUGCAUGUUCCUGCUAUGUUGGCCUAGCUUUCGGCAUCUUGGUGGGCAACAAUUUUGCUCCAAAUAUUAUAUUUGCACUUGCAGGAGGAAUGUUCCUUUACAUUUCUCUGGCAGAUAUGUUUCCAGAGAUGAACGACAUGCUGAGAGAAAAGGUAACUGGAAGGAAAACAGAUUUCACCUUCUUCAUGAUUCAGAACGCUGGAAUGUUGACCGGAUUCACAGCCAUUCUGCUUAUUACCUUGUAUGCAGGGGAAAUCGAACUGGAUUGAUAGGCAAUGGAAGAUGGUGUCAACUAAGGCAUUUUAUAAAUUAAACAAAGAAAACAUCUCCAAAGGGCUCUUAAGCUUAUCCUAUUUAGUUAAAACAUAAUCUUCUUUUCAAGUAUAAGUAAAGGAAUCUAAUGACUGGUCUCACACAUGUAAGAUAGGCCAUUAUAUGUUGCUAAAAAUGCUUCAGAAUGUUUUUUAACUUAAGUCUGAAAUACCUGGUAUGUGGGAUUUUGGGAAAAUACCCUUUUGUUUCCCCCAAAAUCUUAUAAAAAAAUCAUCAUAAAGCAAGAUACAUCUAUUUUAUAAUCAUGCACAGGCUCAGAGGAGAAUACAGGAUGGGUCACAUGAGGCUUUAAAACUUGGUAGGACCAAUGUCCAAGUGGUUUUCUUUCCGUUAUUUUGGUGUGGUGCUUUCACGCGCAGCAGGUGCAUCCAGAUGUGAAGGAGAGUCAAAGCCUCCACGCACAGAGUAAAGACCUCAAGGCCUUAAUGGACCCCAGAAAGCUUGCUCACAGCCCUUAUCUAAUUUUAUAUUUCAAUUAGCAACAUGUAGAACUCUUUUGAAAAUCAUUCCAAAAAUCAAUCAGGAAAUCAUUAAAGCUUGCAAGCCCUGUGAGGUUUGGGCUUGUCUUGAAGUAUGAGCUCUGCCAGACUUCCCCAUAGGCACGGUUUGCUUUCCUUUUUAUGACACACUGUGGUUGUACCCUUAGAAAUGGCAGAACAGUUUGUAAAACUGGUAACUUCAUUCCAAUGUACCAUGCAUUUGCUUUGUGACUGUGAAAAAUAUGUUGGUUUGGAGAAAGAAAUUGAAAUGUAAUUUUAAGCAAUCUACUUCUGAAGAUGAACAUAAUUAUUUAGCAGAGAAUAUUUCAAUAAAUGCAAAACAACAGCUGGGCUGCUUGACGUUAAAGACUGGUUAGCUAAAAAACAUACGUUCCUUAUGGGUGAUUGAGAGCCAGUCAGAGAAGACUUCUCUUAUGUUCAGUGUACUUGUUUCCAUCUGGUAUAUCUUGGGAAAAAUUCAUAUUGAAGAUGUGCUACCUUUUAUAAAAGACAGAACUUGUUUACUCUUUUAGUAGGUAGUAAAAAUAAAUAAAAUUGCUCUAAAUUGAAUAUCCUAACUUCAGUUCACACUCCCAAGUAACUUAAGGAAAGAUGAUUUGGCAGUGAUGAAAAUUAUUGAUAAUUGCUUUCAGUUAUCUUAGGAAGUACGUUUUCCUACAGACCAGAAAAUGUUUUCAUAUAGUAGUAAUGCAAAUCUGAGAAACUUUAAACAUAUGUUAAUGUAUAUUUAACUUUAUGAUUGACCACUUUAGAAAUAUUGUUUGACCAAAUAGUAAACAAUAUUGAAACCA